AUGUUCGGCGAGGAGGCGCUGGCGAAUGGGGGCAUCUUCGCCACAGCCGCCUCGCAGCAGCAGGAGCCGGCGCCGGAAGGGGAAGCGCUGUCAUCCAACGCGGACGGCGCCGCGAAGUCGAAGCCAACAGUAGCCGAGGGGAACUGGGCGAGAGGGUGGAGGGGCAAUCCCCUGCUCCUGUUCCCGGAGGGCACCACCUCCAACGGCAGCUGCCUGCUGCGCUUCAAGACGGGUGUGUUCGCGGGCGGCGUGCCCGUUCACCCGGUGACGGUCAAGUACGAGGCCCGCCGAUUCUCCCCGGCUUUCGAAAGCAUCUACUUCCCCGUGCACGCCUUCCGCUCGCUCGCGGAACCGGCGCACCACGUUACCGUGGAGUACCUUCCCCGCUUCGUUCCCACCCCGGAGCAGAGGGCCGACCGGACGCUGUACGCCAAGGCCGUGCAACGGGUCUUCUGCGAGGCCAUGGACCUGCCGGCCGUGGAGGCCGGUUACGCGGAGAAGACGCUGUACCACACCUACCUGCGGAAGCAGUUCCAGGGGCACCCGUGGGGCCGCCUGGCGCUCCUGCUCCCGGCCCCCGACCGCCACAAGGCCAAGCUCCUGGGAAGCAGGGCUGGAUGCCGGGCGGGGGAAGGCGGCGACCGGGGGCCUUCGGCCGAGGGCACGGGUGGUGGUGGUGGUGGCGAUGUUGGGCAUGAAGCGGCAUGUUCUGCGGCGGUAGGCCCGGACGAUAGCAGUAUAGGGGAUGGCGUCGGCGGACAGAGCUCAAUACGAAGACGCACGGGGAAGGCUUGAGAUGGCUGCGCAUGUAUAAUAGUUUUUUUCAGAAGUUAUAGUACCGUAAACUUUUUUUGCGGUCGUGCCGUACCGUAUGGGGUUUAGCAUGGGGUUUAGCCGUGACUUGGUAGAGGUAGAGCGGGGGUUUUCCACCGUCUUGGUGGAUAAGGUUUGAUAGACUCGUUUUCUCAGCUGGUUGUGGGAACAAAGCACAGCGUGCGAUGAAAGUUUCGAUCUUGAUGUAGGUUUGCGGCAAGCGGUCGCACACUGCGACGUGUUACUUUGUACCUCGUGUUUGACCAAUCGUGGGAAACGUUUCUUUGCAGAGUUGAAGCUUGGCACUCGGCCCUUUCAUUCUGUCACAAGCCUGUGUGGAUGUCAAC